AUGGUGAGUCUAGUAGAUCGCGAUCAAAAAUAGUCACAAGCGAACAUUGACUUUUUGCUCUUUUUACCUACUAUCGUAAAAAGUCAAAAACGCUCAGCGCUCGGGGAGAGUGCUUGGAUGGCAUCCAUGCUGAUCAUUACACGCCUGACUUCCGAUGCUUCUCAGUGUAUAGACAAACGUGUUAUCAGACCGGGAAUUGGGCCGCGACAAGCCCCAAAUUGCCUUGUUUUGGAGAGAGGCAACGCGGCGUGUUUUUGAAAACAAUAUUUAAGCUGCCGUUGUAUUGUUUUCGCUAUUGCAGACUUCUCACGAGAACGAUACUCCUCUUCCGGUGCCGUACACUUCCCGUCUGGGACAGCCGCUCGACGCCGGACAGACUCUGAACGUGCACGGAAAGAUCAAUGAGGGAGCUCAGGUGUAAGUGGAGCGCAAUUCACAUAGUUCUAUUUUUGAAAUAGGCAACUCUAUUUCUCUCAAUUCAGCAGAAAUCUUUCAGUGUCGAGCUCAAUCUGCUCCAAGGAGGAGGCGAAAUCGGACCGAACACCCAGGUCAUUCUCCAUUUGAAGCUGAACUUCAAGGACAAGAAGAUUGUGCUCAACUCUUACGAUGUUAGUUGAAAUACAGAAUAUUGUGAUUUGAGCUCUCUUAAGACGAAAUUAUGCGAACAUUAUCUUAAAACGUAAUUUCGCUAUUUCAGAACGGUGUCUGGGGAAAGGAAGAGCGCGAAUCGCUUCCGUUCAAGGCCGGAGAGGAGUUCGAUCUGCGCAUUCGCGUGCUUGAAGAAUCGCUCGAGAUCUCGGCGGACAACAAGAAGGUGCACGAGUUCAAGCACCGUCUUCCGUUCCAGUCCAUUGAGUUCCUGGCUGUCCGCGGCGACGUUUCUCUCAACGGAAUCCACUGGGGCGGUCGAUUCUACAAGCUGCCGUGGGAGACCGGAUUCCCGGCCGGACACCUCGAGAAGGGACAACGCAUCCAUUUGUACGGAGUGCCGAAGGGAGACCGCUGGUCGUUCGACCUGGUUGCUCGCAAUCAGGACGUUCUCUUCCACUUCAACCCGAGACUCAAGGAGAAGGCGGUAAGGAUGCCUGUGGCCUAACUUCCCGAACUCGAUUUGUUCUUCCAGGUUGUCCGCAACUCGCACCGAAAUGGAUUCUGGGAUAACGAGGAGCGUGAGGGCGCGUUCCCGUUCAAGAAGGACGUCGGAUUCGAUCUGACCAUCGUCAACGAGGAGUAUUCCAUCCAGAUCUUCAUCAACCGUGAGCGCUUUGGAACUUUCCAGCACCGUACUCCGCAGCCGAUCGGAGAUUACAUCGGUCUCAGAAUCGACGGAGAGAUCGAGGUGACUGGAAUAGAGUUCUCGCACUAA